AUGUCGCUCUUCGCGCUAAAGCCGGUUGGGGCUACCAGCGCCAAUUCACCUUCAACAGCACCGAUACUACGGCAAACUAAUGAUCCUCGAUACCCAAAGAGGAAGCGCAACGAAGUGCGUUAUGUUGCCUCUGAUGUUAGCGAUAGCGAUUUGGAUGUGGAUGAUUCUACCGAUUCAGAGACUGAUGCCGAAGAAUAUGGUGUGAUGAAAAAGCGCGUCCGAACAUACCAACCCUGCUCCUCUAAGCCCCUCCCAAAACACAAAAUCUUCCCCUUUAUGUCUUUGCCUGCUGAACUUCGCAACCGGAUCUACGAGGAAUGUCUCCCGGACAUGACGCGAACAACCGAGGAACACAGAGAUGGAGACACGGAAUCCAAACCAUCAAUCUGGUUCUACGAAAAGCAGAAAUCGUAUAAACGAACCGUUGAGCAGAUCCUGGCUUCAGACGACGAGAAACUACUGCAACAUGCAUGGACCAGCUACUCUAAUUUCCUGCAAAGAGGCACCACAAGCAGUGGACGGUUGCGACCUGUUCGACUAACCGAGGACUCAGAUGCUGAAGAUGAUGUACUCGUCGACCUAAAACCAAAGCGGCUUGCGCUGUCGAUCCUCGCAGUCAGCAAAACCAUCUACGCGGAGGCAGCACCAAUGCUGUACUCUCAAAUCCUCGUAUUUACUGACACCUCUGCUUUAAUGGCCUUUGCAUCCCAGCUUUCCUCCAUGACCGCCCGCCUCCUCCGCCAUAUCAAAGUGCAACUCUGGAUUUCCACGCGCUCGCGAAAAAGCACGGGAUUCAGUGCCAUGGCAAUGCUCGCCGCGAAGGGAGCUACUGAGCUUGAAACAAUGCAUAUCAACUGCUCAAUUGGCCAUUUCUGGUCGUACAGUUGGCGCGAUAAGAGUAGGGAGCAGAAAGUGCCGAAGAGGGUUGCGAGGAAGGUGUACCGGGAAUGUUAUUUGUGGCUGGAGGCUGUGGGACGAGCGAAGGGAGACCUGAGGGCGGGUGUGGAGGUACUGAGGCUAUGUGAGACGAACUUUGAGGGCUGGGAUACCGGCGUGGAGGAUGGAGUCAGGAUGUAUAAGGAGGAGUUAGGGAGGCUGUUGGGAGGCAGGGUUUGA